AGUUGAGUUUCUUCAGCUUUUGAGUUCAUGUGGGACUGUCAAUUCCUGAUGGAAUGAGUUUUUUUUUUCGUUUAUUUCUCUUUAAUUGGUUUCUAAAUACUUGAUAUGGAGGACAAAUGUGCAAUCAAGAAAGAUGUCACAGAAUUAAUAGGAAAUACACCAAUGGUCUAUCUAAACAACAUCGUGGAUGGUUGUGUGGCUCGUAUUGCUGCCAAGCUAGAGAUGAUGGAACCUUGUUCUAGUGUUAAAGACAGGCAUAGAGACAUCUUCAGUUAAUUGUAUUUCCUUU